AUGAUUGAAGCUCACGAAAUGUUUGGACUAACACUAAACAUGAUAUAUGAAAACACACCGUUUUAGUUUUACACUCAGCAAGUCAAUAUGAUAGUAAAAGACUCAAGUCAUAUUAAGAAUAAGUUAAUUAACAUGAAUAAGAACUUCAAUCGAAUGUGUGAGGUAGUCUCAGGCCUUCAUAGACUUUUGAAAGGCCUUGAAAAAGAUAGAGAAAAGGCCAGAGUAGCAUUUGAUCAUUAUAGGAUUAAGGUUAAGGAUCUUGAAAAAUCUCACAUGAAAUCCAGUGAUCCUAAGAAAUUAGACAAGUUUUCAAGAAAUAGAGGCAAAUUUGAUAUGGCGAAAUAAACCUUUAAUAGCGAGAAUGCGAAACUAGAACAGCAAAUUGAUCAAAUCAGGGAUAAGAUUGAUGUGAUUCUCAAUCAACUCAUAUUCAAAUUCUCUAAAGAUGUGGAAGCUGAAUUCUAUCACUAGAUAAAUCUCUAAUUCUCAAAGCUAAAAGAUAUGGAAGAAAAAAUGAGAGAGAUAUCACUAAAAGCAGUACAAGGAAAAUUUGGUAAUGUUGGUGGCCAAAUGGAACUAAAUAUGAAUUUUUGA